AUGGCUGACAUGGAAUACGAUGAUUCCACCUUCUACAGUUCGCGUCCCUUAGAAGAAAGAUGGCCGCCAUUGGGAGCCGCCGUGGAUAAUAUCGCCGAAAAUGGAGCAAAGAACUCUGAGUAUCAGCGAAAGUGAGUCCUAUUUUUCAGCCCAUAACAUUCCCAGAAUGUUCCUUAAUUUAUUUUCCCUUUUGCUAGAAAUUCAGCCGUCAAAUUGCAAUGUACGUUGCACGGUCGAUUGUGUUUAGUGAGCGAUUCUAAGUUGAUUUGUUAAAGCUUGCAAGCUUCAGUUCAGCUUGCUAUACUUGUCACGAACUUUUUUUUUUGUUAUUCCUUGAUGGUGUUACUUGUGAUCUUCGAAAUUUUAAAGCAUACGGUACUUUUUUUUAUGUCACCAUUGGUAAUUUAGAGAGAUUAUUGGAAUUCCGUUCCGUGGAAGAGAUCAUUUUCACGCGUGAACUAUACUUGUUUUUCCUUCGGCGAAACGAAAAAUUUCUGACAUUUGCGAUGCUGGCUUAGAAAUUUUUUGACAUAUCUCGAGUGAUAUCCUUCGAUUUUAUCCUAGGACUACUGUUAUCAUUCAAAUACUAUUAAGUCAGGAUAGCUCUAAUCUUUCAGCGAACCUUUUCCCUGGCCCUUAAAUAAUUUACGAGAAAUAAUUAUUGUUUUCUUGAUUUCCAUGCAUGGUUGGGCAACAUAAAAAGGUUAACAAUCAAAUGCUCCAGAAGAUUCUUAUCCUAUGCGUGAAUUUUUAUAAAUUUAUAGUUAAUUUGUGACGGGAAUUUAAAGUAUCAAUUUUGUUUUUCGUCAAUCCCAUUGUACGUGACAGUUUUUUCCUCUUCUACAAUUUCAGUGCAACGCGGAAAUAAGGCAAUCCAAACAUCCCAGCUAUUUUAGUGUAAUGUAAUUUUGGAAAUAAGGUUUUGAAGCGUUGCCUCUCUUAUGAGUGCAAGGUGUUUGGGUCAAACGUUUUGUCUUUACAUCUAAAUCCAUGUGAAGUUUGUCUGUGGCUGCAAACUGGUGGUGGGUACUGUCAUAUUAAUUGGGCUGUACGUGCACAGGGGUGAGCUCUCACACCGCCUGUCGACCCCUGUCACCUUGCUUUUGCUUUUAGGCCUAAAGAAAAUUUUAGUUUUUUUUUUAGAAAUCCUAUUUUCACCAUCUCAGAAUUUGCAGGUUCAGAGUGCUAGGCUCCCUUCAAUUUUUCUUAGAGCGUGUUGUCUUGUGUGGUUGUGUGAAGUUAAGCAGUUUGAUCUAAAAGUAAAACGUUAUCAGGGGAUUUUGGUCCAGAAUAGGGUAUCACUUUGAAAUGAAAAAAUUUAUCAGUGUUACGAAGAAUGAGAAUUUCUGGUCAACAGUUUGUUUGGGUCCAUAGGAUAGGCAUUCCUGGUGUUCAGUCAGGAGCAGGGUUUCAAAAUGCAACUGAAGAUAGUGGCAAAACCCUACUCCAAAAAUUUGCAGUCAUUUUGAUCAUUUGAUUUAUGGACUCAGCAGUAACUUUCACUACCAAGUAGCUACCACAGCUUGAAUAAUAUUUUGCUAAGCCUAUUGAAAAAACACUAACUCAUUUGCUCUUGGGAAUUUUGCUGCAAAACACUUUUUGAAGUCCAUCGAGCUGUUUUCUGGUCACUCCACUGUCUUACUAUAAAGUGCCAAAACUGACCAAAAUACUGUUUAUACAGUGUAGGUCAAGCACCUUGCCACUUCUGUUCCAGAUGCAAAAUAUCAGCUUCAAAUUUCAAGAUAGUUUUUUGGUGUAAAAGUGACACAGCAGUCUCGACUUUUACUUUUCCCUUUUUUUCCUCCUCUCGUCUUUCGCUUUUCUUGCUCCAUUUACUUUUCUUUUGCUGGGUGGUUUUAUUUCAAUGGGAAAAGUUUUUGGGAAAGAGUUUUUUAAGGAUUGUAGGAUUAGAUGGAAUGAAUUGUAGCUACAUUAGCUAGUGGAACAAGAGUUUUGUUAGGAUUUGUGGGUCAAAUUUACAUGGAUUUUUGCCUUUUUCUAUGGCGUCCUUGGCUGAAUCGUGCUCAUUCUUGCAUGGUUUGAGACCUUUUUCUCUUGUACAAGUUAGAUGACAAAGUUUUACUUUAAGAUCAUUAAAACUGAUGUUGUCACAAGCAGUACAAGGGACAUGAAUCAGCACAGGCUGUUUAGGGGCAAAUAGGUCAAACUCAUCAACAGAGAUGACCGUGGUGCUUUCUUGUAACCAGUUACAAAAUUUAUUCAUAAAUGCAUGCAGUCACAUGGUUAGCAGAUCAAGCCCGGGAAAUUUCAAUCAUUUCUCUUCACACUUUGUGUUAUAAUUCAUGCCUGAAUCAGAACAACUUGAAGGUAGUUAUACAUGUAGGUCUUUGUUACUUUAUAGUUUACAAACUGUAUAUCCUGGAUUAUCAUUCAUUUAGUCACCUAAGUUACCAUACAAACUUUAAUAUUCUACAGUCAGACAGGUGUGUGUCAAAAAUAUAUCACUGUUCCAUAUUCAUACAUGGAAGGCUUUUGACAUGAUUUCUUUGACGUAACAUUUUUUGUUAUACUGUUUUAAUUGCAUCCUGGAUUUUCUGUCGUGAGGGCAGUUGUUAUUAGCUUAAACAGCUUUAAAGGUAAUUUUGACUGCCAUUUCCAUGGUAGUGGUGCUGUUGAGAAAGGAUGUAUUAAUCUGACUGCAUCCUAGGAAACAUGAUAUGAUCUUUGUGGUAAAAUAAGUUUGUUUGCAUUAAAUAGGAGCAUUAGAAACUAUACAUGAAUUGGAAAAAUUGAAACACUUCUAAGAAUACUAAAAUGAAUUUUAUUGAGUCCAUUGAUUGCUUAAGUACAUGCGCAUGUACCAAAGGUGACCCAUUUGAGUUUUCCUAUCCAUGAUUUAUCAUUUUUAGCUAAUACAAGAGCUGUCAGAAAGGUGACCAGUAGGUAGCUUUAUUGUUGAAGUAAGUGGCUGAUCUUGCCAUCUUUUGCUAAAGAAUAAGAGAGACAGCCCAGCAGAGGGAAAAACAGAAAGUUCCAUUGCGGUUACUUUAAUUUGCUGGCUGCAGACUUGUUUUGACUUUUGACAACCCUGUAAAAAUAAAUAUUAAAGUCUUGUUGUAGUAAUAUAUUUUUAUAUUUCUUUCCACUCAAUAGGCAUUAAUGGUAGUUUAAGUGAGUGUCUGUUUUGUAUGUGUGUGUGUUCUAUUUUGUUCUUACGACUGAAAAAUUUACACUUUUGUUUAUUGUACAUACUUAUUUUACAGACUAUAAAGAAUGUGUUUCUCAUGAUUCAAGACCCAUCAUUCUUCUCAUUAUUCACAUCUGAAUAUAUUGUACAAAUCAAAUAUGUAUUAUAUUGGUGGCCUGAUAUUUUUUCCCAAAACAAAGCUUUGCCUGAUUUUUAUUUUAUGUAUUUUUAAUAAGCGGUAUUUUAGAAUUAACCUUUUCUUCAGCUUGGUGUUUGGAGUUCUUUGAAGUCCAAAAGUAACAGCACAUUAUCAGCUGAAUAUAAAUUAUAAUGACUUUUUUGGGCCGGCUGCCAUAACAUGCAAAUUGUAUUCAAGUACAUCUUCAAGUACAUCUUUGAAUGAAGGGUGUACUUUAUUUUUAGGCUGCUUAUAAGAUUGCCUGUAGGUAAGUUUUUAGAAACCUGAAAUACACUGUAACUACAUGUGUACCAACUUCAGCAGGGUCCCUUAGGGUUUUCAUUAGGCAUCGGAGAUCAGAAAAUUAUCUGAUUACUACGCUUAAUUCUCCGGCUAAUGUUAAAUAGCUUAUGACUAUUUUUUACUCAGAUAUGGGCCUCUUUCAAAAUAUUCUCCUGUAACAUUACACCUUUCUCCUGCUACUAGAAUUCUCAAUGAAAACCGGCCUGUUCCCUGUGUAUUAUACAUGUAGGCAGUCAGUAUAAGUUAAUGAAUAAUAUUGACUACAUGUAGCUUUCUCCAGUCUGGUUUCUCGGGCUGUGUAUUGUCAUUAAUUUAACAUCUACAUCAGUUAUUUUAAAAGAUUAUUAUUUUCAUUUUUCUCAAUUCUGGACAUUUUAUCAUGAUUCUUUUCAGGUCAGAUCAGGAAAAGCUGAAAGAGCUUGAGGACGAACAAGAAGAAUUAAAUGGCUCCCUUCUGGCACUCACAAGUCACUUUGCUCAGGUUAGAAAAUAAGCCUUACUACAUGGAAAUACUACAAAACUAGAUGAACUGGUCCCUUCGAGCUGCUUGCAGCUUACUGCAUACUCAUGAGUACGAAGUUUCAGUCUGUCAUACAUGUAGAUCCUAAACAUUAUUUCUGAGUUAACAACUGUGGGAAAAGGCACAAUCCAAAGACUAAACAAAGCAAGUGACCACCAUGAAAGUGUCAUACUAAGCACAUGGAGCUGAUGGAAGCAAGGCUGGCUGUGCUUGCAUCACCACACUGAUAGCUGACCGACAACAAGAGAUAACGCUCCUUGUUGUUAACUGUGUUAAAUUUCAUUUAACUUCAUCAAAAGGAAAUGUAAACUCUCUGUGUUGUUCUUCUGUUUCCAUUUCCAAAGUAAACAGCAUCAAUACUCUGUAGAUUAAGUUUGGUCACCCUGGUCAGUGUAGUGUGGAAAGAACGUUUGCUGAUACACUGUACGUGUAGUAACUGUCUGUGACAGCUGCCUCUGGAUGGGUUGUUAUAAUGCACCUUUAUCAUUAUUAUCACAAGCUGCAAACAUUGUAGAAGAUCAGUUUUACAAACAGCAAGCUGUAGAUAGCCUGUACUAGCCUGAUCAAAAGUCAUUUUGACUGACCCGAAAAAUUUUUUGAUGAGCCAGGGUUUAUAGAUUUCACUUUGUCUGGCCAAUGAGCUUGAUAAAUGGCCAUUAAUCCAUAACCCAUUUGCCAACCACACUCAUCCUGAUAGCCACACUUAACCUGCUCUUUAUAUAUAUAUAAAGCUGCUAAAAUGUACAUGCAGAUGUUGUAGCUGUUUGAAGAGAGGUACUUGUACACUGUAUCAAGGCUAGUAGUAUUAAAUCCUAACAUACAAUGUACAGUUUUUAGGGCUUUGUGCGGUACAUGUAUGAGGGUUGAUCCUCCCCCUGCAAAAAUUAGUUAGUUUGCCUUGAAGAGAAUCCUGUGGUGUAUGACACAAAUCGAGAGAAUCAGAGGAUGCAAUCAGAAAUCUUGACAAUUGUCCUUUAAAAAAAGACAAAACCAGUCAGUCCAUCAAAAUUUGCUACCAUAAAUAGAGUUUCCACAUCACCAAUCUUUACCACGUGUUAUUUGUGGUUGGCUUCCUUCCUAUAGCCUAAUUAAUAAUAACUGGUAAUGAUAAGUAUAGUAACAUACAGCAUAGAUUUUGUCCCAUAAGAAGUUUACCGGUACAUUGUAUUUUGCAGGUGCAAUUUCGGUUAAAACAAGUUGUGUCAGCCCCAGAAGAGAAAAGAGAGGUUUGUUGAAAUUCUAAAACUCUAGUCCAAGAAGGGACAAACAAAAAGUGCUGUGAGAGACCAACAUCACUUUAUUAUUUUUACAACAACAGAAAAGCGUUUUCUCUAUAUACAUGUAAUGUGACUCUCUUGUUUAAAAAAAGUCUCUCUAUCAAACACCAUUUCAAUUAAAAAGCAACAUCUUUCAACAAUAUCACAGGAUUUGUAAUAUUUAACAAUUAUCGGAUGAGGCUGAGUAUCAUCUUAAGAAUUAUGGAGAUGGAGGAGCAGCUGAGGCGGAUAACAUCCUCCAAGAUCUCCAUAAUUCUUUUGAUGAUACAAAAGCUGUAUUCAAAGAUAUUGUUUUAUUAUUCAAAAUAAUUCCUAGUUUAAAAACAAGGUAAAACAGGCUUACCUCUAUGAAUUUUAAGUUCAUCUUCAAUUGCGUGUUUAUCAGCAAGUCAGGGAUGUUUGGUUCUGCAAAUAUUUCUCCCAAUAGCAGAGGUCGUCCAUUGAGUUGUAUUCUUGCUGAAAUGUUCUGCAAUUUUGUAUUGCUCUGUACCAAAACAAAUCAACAUUGUCUCCAGGCCUUCUCGGUCAGCUGUCCAGUUUCCUGGCAAUUAUGCUGCAGUAUUGAUGUCAUUUUUCACAUAUCAGAAACUUCUUCCAAAUUUGGUCAACAGUAGCUGGUUGUAGUGAAUUAUCUGUGGGAUUUGAGAAAAUCAGAAAUGGAGAAAUAUUUUGAAUGAAUAAUAAUAAAUAUUAUUUAGCCUUAAGCCAAAAGUUGAAAAUUAUUUAACAGUGUACACUACAAUACAGUGUAGCUGUUUUUAAACUUGUUAAUACACUCUUUCUGAUUUGUUAAACUGUACUUUUUAAAAUCCACCUGAGUGACAGUGCUGCUAUAGAACCCUCUCUUUCUUGAAACCAAACAAGACACACGAUACUCAUUUAUAACCUUUAUUUGCUAAAGCUUCAUGUGUGUGAAAAUUUUAUUUCAGCGUUUGCUGAUGGAACUGGAGGAAUUUGCAUUUCAAGGUUGUCCUGAUGUACGUGGUCCAAAGGAUAAACAAAGCCCCCAGAGGACAUUGAACAAUAGUGAACAGCAAAGUGUGAGUUUAUAUAUAACUAUUAAAUUUCAUUUCAUUAAAUACAUCUGUAAGCAUUAUCUGCCAGAACACUUGGCAAGUUUACCAGAAAAAUAUUUUACUACUGUUAUUUGGCACAGGAUCUGUAGAUAGACCUUAUUACCACAGACUUUAUAUUCACUGCAACAAAGUUAUUUCAGUUGUUGGUACAACAAUUUUCUUGCGCUAAGGUAGAUUCUUUUCAGUCAGCAAAACAAUGGUCUCUUAUUAAAUUACAGUUAGUAGUAAUUAUUACAGGACAGUAGGUUUGUAAGGACAUCACAUCUGGCCACAGUGUACAUUUAAGAUUUGUCAGACAAUAUUCUAACCCAGUUGAUCAAGAUAACUUUAUUUGGACCCAGUAAAGUCCUUCAGGUAAUUACAAGGAAUCAGGAAGAAAAAGCGAACUAAAAAUAGCAAUUAGUGAUGUUUUAUAAUAGCAUACAAGAAUGUGUAAAUCCAUUGUUUUUGCAUAAUUUUCAUAUUCCGUGUAAAACUAGCUUAAAAUAUCUCAACUUAAUGGGCAUACUUGCAGUUUUUAAAACCAUGAAUGUUAUUAUUGGAAUAACCCAGUCAAGUCCCCUAGUGUGGCUUUAUUCAUUCUCUGUUUUGAAAUAAAAUACAACACAACGCAAGAUUUGUUGACACAGGACAUGUUUAAAGGAGCCCGAGUUAUCCUAUCCACUGAGACAAUUUUUUUUACAGAGUUUGCAGGAGUAUGAACAACAGCUUAAUCUUGAGAAAAAGAAACAAGGAAGCCUGAUAGGACAACUAAAAGACCAGUUGGAAGAAAUGGAAAGAUGUGUUGCUAUGGUAUGGUGAAACAAUGUUCACAAACUAAAGCUAGCAUUCUCAUGAUCACUGGCCAUGUAGGAGGAAGAUGUUGUGAAGGAAUUGUAAAAUAAUGUAAAGUAAUGGGUUGAGUGUUUGUGGCUCGAGGAAAAUAAUAAGGCUAACAUGCUGUUUUUUUAUUUUUACUUAUUUAGAACAAGAACUUUGAAUUUAAUCAUCCCAAUUGUCAAUUUUUUUUGGUCAUUCCUACUGUAGGGUGCUCCCCUUCCCCCUCCCUUUCCAAUUCCUUCCCUUCCUCCUCCUACUCUCUGCCACCACUACCUCCUCUGCCACUUCCUUAUCAUCCUUCCCCUUCUCUUUCCCUCUGCUCUCCCCCUUCUCCUUUUCCUCCCUAGCUAGUACGUUUGUGUUCAAUUUAGACUUUGUCUAAGGGAAAAGCACCAACUUCUUCAUGAAAUUCAAUCUAGUAUAGUAGUCAUGGCACAUUAUUGAAGUCUGAGGGAACAUUGUUGUUUUUGAUUUGGUACUUUACGGAAAUUGUCAAUAACAAUUUUACGAAAAUUGUACUUUUGUAGGGAGGUUCAGCAAAUGUAAAUGAGGACAUGAGCCCUGAAAAGCUUGUAGAAAAACAAAGAAUUGUGAUUGAGGAACUGAAGUAAGUGCUAUGAUGUUUGUUUACAUACAUGUUUUAAGUAUUGUUCAGCAAUAUUCAAACCAAAAAAUGAUUUUUAACCUUGUUGUUCAAAGGAACCAUUUUUAAUGGUCAUUAAAAUUAAUAAUCAGGCAUCAGUGAAAUAAUUUUCUUUAUAAAGAUAAACAAAUAAAUGAUAUAAAUUUAUUGAUUUAUUGAAUCUUGCUACUGUAACCAUGACAUCAAGCAGAAUUAAGUUUUGUACUUUAUAACCUGGUUAAAGUUAAUAAUAGUGAUUAUUGAUAUUUAUAAAUUUUCGGUAAAUAAAAAUAAAAAACAUAAAUAAGUAAAUAAAUAAACUGUUUAUUGGUAAAGGUUUUUAAAAAUUAAUAAAUUUCAUCGGUUUGCCAUUCACAAUAAAGUCACAUGUAACUAACCAAUUAAAACAUAAUUGAAAUAUUGCACUUCAAUUCAAUUUGCCCAUGCAAAACAUUUAUUAAAGUUAUAAAUUUUUAUAAACUGUAUACUUCACAAAACAUUCCGGGAAAAAAUCAACUUUAUAUAAACAACUAAACUGUUGACCCCUUGCUAAGCAGUGCUCAGAGAACAGUGGCGUGUGAACUGGUGUUAUUGGGAAUGAGACUUGCAGCGGCAGAUAUACGGUAUUACAAACCAUCCUUAAAUUGACUUUAAAAUAAAUUGUAAAUUACACUAAGUUGAUAAUACGUCUAAACUAUUUUAAAUGAAGUCUAAAAAAUAAAUAUGGCAGUGUGGUCUUUUCAAAAUGAUUUUGUCCAUCUCAGCAACCAGAAAUUGUUACUGCUCACAGUCCAUGGUUUGGCUGAUUCCACAUUUUUUAUAUUUACUUUUUAUUAAAAUGUGACUGUAAUCCCCCCUGUAAGCCGGGCCAAAGGUCACCAUAGGUGGUAAUACAUUGUAGACAGUACAGAUGGUUUCAGCUACAGAUCAUAAACUAUCAUUAAAUUUACUAUAGUGGAUUAAACCAAUAGAUCCAGAACUUCAACGUUAAAAAAUUUUGACCUGAGUUUAAUUUUGACCUGUAACUUUUAUAAACACUGUCAACGUUUUUCCUAUUAACUACAAGUGCUCAGUGAAUUUUAAAUUACCUAGAGAUUGGACCAACAUGUACCACCUUGUACACUGCAAAUUGUACAGGCUAUCAACGUAGAGUUAGAUUAAAACCAAUGUAACCUGAUUUUAAGAGUUUACCUUUAUCAUUAUUUGUUGAUCAUUAUAUUUCUACUUAUCUUAGAAAUACCUCUGAUUGCUCUUGAAUUCUUGAGUCAUCUCCAAUAACAUCCAUGUAAACAGUCAUUUUUCCUUAUUCUCAAAGACUGCAUGCUAUUUAACUUUACAAUGUACAUUCAAGUGGCUGCAUCUGAAAAAUGAAUUAUCUCUGGCAAGAAAUGCUAAAUAUUAGGUUUUUUUUCUUUAGGACAAAAAUGGGUCUCAAUUUAGAUGGAAUAGAAAAGUUGAGGUAAGAAAGUGUCUACCAGGCACCUUCAGGGUUGUCCCUUCAAGUUUGUUUUGAGUCAUAAAUUACAGCAAAUAAGAUUAUUUUUGAAGAGUCUCCGCUUGACAAGAAAAAAAAAAACAAAACAAAAAUAACCACAAAAUGCAAGUGAUGGCCAGUUUACUUUUACAUUUCAAUUAAUUUUACAUGACUGUACAUUUGUAUUGUUCUUUUGCCAGUUAAUUUUUUUAACUGUCAUUUCUCUUUUUUUUUAGCAAUGAUGAUGUACGAAAAAAUGUUGAUAAUGCUAUAGGCGAGGUAUGAUUGUACAUUUAGUUUGUCCAUCUUUACCGUGUCCUUACUGAUAGAACCCCUUAAUUAACGUACCGAAAUCAUUCACUCCAGUCAUCAAAAAAUAGUUGUUUGUCUUGUUCUCAUCCCUGUGUGUUUUUUAGACCAUACUUUUAAUAUUUUUUAUCACCAUUUAAUGAGCUGUCUAAAAUCUACUAUGACUACACAGGUCCUGUUAUAUGUGCUGUAAGAUCUUAACUUCAGUAAUUUAAUCCUGGAUAAUUAUACUCUACUCCAAUUAUAUAAAGAUUGACUUGAUAAGUCUAAGCUGUAUAAUGUAGGUUUGAAAAUUAAAAAACAAAAUUUAAAUUAAAACAUUAAUAAUUUUGACAUUGUCAUCAAUAUUCACAGCUUAUGCAUCCUGUGAAGACAAAGGUAUGUUCAGUUAUAAUAGAUUGAGAAUUGUGCAGGGCUCUCAAUAAAAGCCAGUAGCUGGUCAAAAUUGCCAGCGAGUUAGUCUUUAGCUGGCUUCAUUUAUCUCUUUUUACCAUAGUUGCUAAUGAAAAAUAAAUCACUAUCACAUAUAUUUGUUAAGCAUACCUUUCAACGGAAUAGAUCCCGGUCUUGUGUGUAAUCUGACAAAACAAAAUAGCAUCUGUGUGUAAGAGGUAAGCAUUGACAAGCACAUUUGUUCGUUGAAAAACAGCCUUUGAAAACCACUUUAAGUACCAUUUCCAAGACUCCCAAUUUCAAAAAUUUUCUGGGGAAGGAUGUAGUCCGCAGACCCUCCUAGAAGCCUUGGCUUCCUGCCCUUGCAAACUUGUUUAGUGCAAGGUUCAAAGCCAGCUACUAUUCAGUAUUAGCCUGCUACUAUAAAGCUUUUUGACAGCCCUGAUUGUGACAUUAUUUGUUUUCCAUUUACUUUGGUUUUUACACAUGUAAUAUUAAGAAGUUCCAAAAUUUAAUGUUUUUUUCAUUGUUUCCAACCAUACCUUUUAGGAGGAACUUGUUAAGCAACUCACUACUCAAAUUGCAGAUUUGGAGAGAUUUGUCACAUUUUUGCAAGGUGAUUUACAUGUAUUCUCAGUGAAUUGAUUACUAUGUUGUGUAUUAUCACUUUUUUAUUUAAAUACAGCUGUCUUUUUGACAUUGCUUGCUUUUGCUCAAUAUUAAUCAGAUGCAUCUCCAGGCAUAUAAUCCACUCAUACAGUAAAUGUGAAGAUUUAAGUGUGGACAAAAUUCUAGUCUGAGAAAACAGCCGACAUUUGGCGAAGCUACCAAUCAUUGGUUUCCCCUUCAAAUGACGUCUGAGAAACGAGCACAGAAAUUCCAUACUGAUGACGCGUCACUACCCAGCGGCACAACCAAUCAGAAGCACUACCCAGAUCUGAGUAGUGACGUGUCACCAGUAUGGAACUUCUGUGCUCAUUUCUCAGACGUCAUUUGGCGGGGAAACCAUUGUUAGCAUCGCCAAAUGUUGGCUGUUUUCUCAGGCUAACAAAAUUCCUGUUAUUGAGAUACUUUGAAUCAAAGUUCAACAAAAAAUAGUGCUUGAUUGCUUUGUUUCAUGGAGGUACACUAUAGAUUUACCUUCUCUACCAAAAUUUAACGACUUUAAUGUCAGUUCUGUACAUAAAAUAGAAUUACAUCAUGUAAAAGUUGGUCCUCCACAAUUCACAGGUAAAUUGCACACAAGCAGUAAUAACUUUACACCUGAAAAAAUGAAAGGGCACUUGCACACCUUAAAAUUAACGCUUUUAUUAAUGGUGGAGUUCAAGUCUUAAUUAACGUGUAAAUGUAUUUUAUUUCAGAUGCACCUUUGUAAGAUGUCUCAUUUUUUCUUGUAUGAUAGCUCUUUGAAUAAUAUUAUACUAUAGAAAUAAUAGUGACUUACUUGUAUUGCAGGUGAAGUUGAAAAUGCUGAAGAGAGAACCGAAAGAGCCAAAGCAUGUCCAUGUCCUGUGCAUGCAAGACGUAACAGAAAGUCACACAAAGAUCGACUCAAGGUAAGUAGAUGGAUAUUGAUAAGAAAGAGUUUUUCCACAAAGCUAUCAUUCAUGGUCAGAGAUAGGGCAGACUCGUUUUGUAUUUCCAUGUCCAGGAAAUCCCCAGUUAUAAUUAUUUCAUAUACAUGUAUCAAUGUCUUUGGGACUUUAGGAAAGCAAUAAAAUUUUGAAGGGAAAUUAGAAAGUAUAGCCUCAGAAAAAUAUGUAGAUUUUUCUGAUAGUUUUUUGAGGGAGGGGAAGCCUUGUUGUUCAAUUUCAGAGUUCAGCAAAAUCAGCAACAUAAUCAUCCAAUAACUUCCCUGAUUGUAGAAUCUCCUUUCCACUGUUUUUGGGCUAAGGGGAAACAGCAGAAUGUUUAUGUUAAAAAAUUAUUUAAUAAAAUGGAAGGAGUCUCUGAUUCUAGGGAAAAAGGUUCUGUGAAAACAACAACAACAAUUUAACUCGAAAAAACACUGUUUAUACUUUGCAGGUCGUUUAAGGUGACUUACUAUGAAGUUUAUUGACAAUCGUUUUGACAGCUUGGUCAUGGGAAUCAUUGUGUCUAAUGUGUCUAAUGUACAUCAUUCUGCAUAUUGACGUUAUUUUUAGGGCAAAGGUGGUGCUCGUAAAUCCACAGACCACUCAACUGACAGUGUAAAUGAUUUAGACUACACCUGUGACUACAGCUUUUCAGAGAAUCUGUCUGGUGAAGAAGGAAAUGGCUGCUGUCUUCAUGUACCACCCAUCCCAGACACACCUGAACAGGUCCGCAAUCAGGUGAGUCAUAUUUGCUGCUGUCAUAUAGGCUGUUCUGGGUGUUAACUUGCUCCCCACCAUCUGACUGCCGUACCCUACUAUCUGAAUGUCUGGAACGUACAGGAAAGAAAAAUAACGGUGAGGUACCUCAAAGAGUUAGUUUGUGUGUAAAAAGGGUAAAUACAGGUGCAUGUAUGAGAAUGCAAUGGGCGUCUCACUUUUCUGUUUCCUCUUCCAUCUUGAGUGCCUGCCUUGCUAACCUGCAUGGCAGGCUUUAAAAGUGGAAUGGAAAGGGGUAACUUUUGGCAUGCAAGGAAAGGGAACUAUCCCCCUCCUCACGUGCCCCUUGCGCUCUCGCGCGCACCAAAUGCCCUCCCCUUUCCCUUUUAACGCCUGCCAUGCAGCAGUGCAGUCACUAAGGCUCGGUGGCUGGGGAUUUCCCCUGGCUACUUACCCUAUGAGCAUGAGCCCGCUAUUUUCGUUAGAAACACAAGGAGAAUGAGACCAAAAGAACUCCCUGGUUGUUCAGUUCCCCACCUACUAACUGCAUAUACCUGGCAACUUGAAAUCUUAGUGACAGUCCUUGCAGGUUUAUCAGCAGCCAUCAUCUGACUAGACUACUCCUCAUCAGUCAUUGUAUUGUCAGAUGUCAUGACAGCUGAAGAACUCGGGACAGCUCGAUAAAACCCGCCCAAGUAAUUGUUAAAUAGGACUCUGUUCCUAAUGGCGAUUCAUUUUUUGAUUGGCUUUAUCAAGUUUGUAUAUACCGGUAUGCCGCCAGGUCCAAUUAUAUCCUUAGUUUGAGUUUAAUUUUCCUUGGUUUUGGGUUAUCAUUUCAUUUAGUAAUGUAUUAUUGUGACUGAAGACGGGCGAUGGUAAUGCAUAUAAUUCUGUGAAGAGAGUCCUUCACUACAAAUAAUACUUAUUAUUUGUUAUUAUAUUUUUUCUUUUCCCUUUAUUCCAGAGAAUUCGUGAUGCAAGUGUUGCAAUAAUCAAAAGAGCACUUGCUAUUUUGCAGUUGUUUGCAAUAAGGUGAGGCUGAAUUACUUUAACGAUAUCGAUUGUGAGGCGUCAAGGUCUGUUAUCAUGUAAGUUGCUGACUGUUUGUGUUUUACAUUUCGCUGAUCAAUGUUCUGUGUUUAUGUUUUCAGUCAGUUUGGUUGUACUGGAAAACAGAUACAAGACCAGAUUAUACAGAAAGCUACAUCUGUUGCUAUGCCUGGAUACUUGUAAGUGACCCAGUUUUUGUCUUCCUUUUUUUUCCAGUUUGGAAACUCUACCUCAUCAUGGUAUCGGGUCAUUUCGCCCGAAGGUCGAUUCGCCCUAUGACAGUUCGCCCAGACUUUUUGGUUAGAUCGUUCCAUAGUUUUAGUGUAAAACUCGAUGGGAAGCGCGCUUUUUUUUGGCUUAUGGUUAAAGAGCGAGGUAUACUCAUGAGUAGCACCCUUACUUUUGCUCUUGGAUUAAAGACUUGUGAAAAGUUCUGACUUUAUUGUGGAACGAUCUGGCUUUGAACUAUCCAUGGAACGAAGUGACCGGAUACCAGCCUCGCCCACACUAGUCUCCUUUAGGGGUUCAAGUCUAAUUUUCCGACGCGCAUCCCGCACAACCCCAAAGCGGUUAUUGUGAACUAAGGGACAAAAAUACAGAGAUCAAAGUUUUGAGCUUAGAUUCACUUAUUUUCCUUUCAGUGAGCACCUGGCUCAGCUUCAGCAAGCUGUCCUCAAAAUAAUCGAUAUAAAAUCACGUGAGCCUCCAAGCGAUAGUGAAGAGUCUCUCCAGUCUCCUAGGGACAUAAAAAGACGAGAGAGAAUCCGCACUAGUUCUGUGUCUUCUGCUGACACCACUUUGUCAGAAAGCAGUGAUAGGGUAAGCUUGUGUAGUCCUUUCUCUUGCAGAGGUACUGUACUGAUCUAACUUUUGAGUCUAACAUGUGUGUCCAUUCAAAUGGAACAUGGCAUUUAGGACCCAUUUACGUGGAGAAAAGUUGUCCCUGUGAGAAGGGUCACCUGCCUACCCGAGCCACCCCUGGACGAGUCAACUUUUCAUACAUUUCCUCGCAAAACGCGGCGAACCGUUCAUGAGAAACAAAAAGUUGACUCCCCCGGGUCACCCUUUUGUCAACUUUUGCCAUGUAAACACUUCAGCUCGCCCAGCCGGGUUAACUCGGUCAAGGCCAGACAAUCAGAGCAUGAUCGAGCAUUGUUGGCUCAGGCAAAGGGGUUAACUUUCUUUCUCAUUAUAAACGCUCGCAGAAGUUGGCUCGGAUGGGAGGGUGACUUUUCUAUCCGGGGCAGGUUUUCUCCAUUUAAACGGACCCCUAGUAUGUAGAUCUAACUUUUUGAGUCUGUGGAUGAAGAUCCUAUAGUGUGACUAUUCAAAUGAAAAUUCUUCAGCUGUGAUUUUUCACAUAGUACUACUUAUUUAGGAUGUAGUUCCAAGAACCCGUCUUAACUGCAUAAUGCUUGUGCCUCUAUUUUAAAGCGUGAGAUACCUAUACUUGUUCAUUUCCAUUCAAUUUGAAAGCCUCUAAGAACUAAUUCCUUGUAUGUUGUGUUCAAUUCAGUUUGAUUACGCCAGAGAUGCGGAGUUGGUGAAUGUUGUUAGAAAGGAUUUAGCAAUGGCACUGAAGGCGCUCUUUCAGCAUGGACUUGUUAGGGUGAGUGUAAAAGGUGAACAGCGAAGUUUCCGAGGCUUACUCUGUCACAAACAGGCGAAGUCAUGUGCAACAGUCUGUGACCUGUCCUACGAAAACCUUAUCCAUUUAAGACAAAAAUGGUAAUUUUGCCAAUCAUGUACACCUAAUUAUAGAAAAAAUUUCAGGCAGACAUUUGUUGUAAAUAUGAAUUUUACUUUCCAUUGGAUCAUAGCCUACGACUUCUUGCUCUUCGCCGCUAUGGACUUUUCGCGGGAGUGCCCCUAGUGGCGACAAGCGAGGAGAAGCGGUUGUAUUCGCAGGUUUACUAGAUCAAGAUAACCGUGAAUUAGUUUUGUUGCCGUUUAUCCUUCGAUUAGUCCUCUAUCCAAUGUUCUCUUCCUAGUACAGCUAACUGAUAAACCCUUACCCCUGUAAGCAUGCUGAAAAUGUGGUGAACCCAGUCGGUUAUUGUAUAAAUCGUUUUAACUGUAUUUGAAUUCACGUGCACCGUAGGUAAUGGAUUGCAUUUUGUUAUUUAUUUAGUCCGUAGACAACCGUAUCAUGUCGUCCAAGUCACUUGUGGCGUGUAUCGUUCCUACAACAAGAACGUCCCUUCCUAAACGAAUGCAUAUCUGGGAAUUGUUUAAUGAAUAUUACGCAAUGAAGGUCAGUAUAGUGUAGCUCAUACUUCACGUGCAAGUCCUUUACUCCAAACUGUUCCCUAACUGAAUAAAAAUUCAACCUGGAAAAUUUUAGAUUUUUAUGGUCGUGCUCAUUUUCCAAAGUGUUCACUAGCGUUUCCGGGGUAACAGUUACCGAGUCACUGAACCUAGGACAUGAACUAUGAGUGGCAGUGGCAAAACUCGAAAGUUACCAGCUUUACCGCAAGCUGCUGCUAAUACAAGCUAUAAGCCGUGGACUUACACAUCUUUGUAAGGGGCCGUUUUAGAAAGGAUCGUAAACGGAGGGGCUUAUAUCCAAGGGGGCUUAUAGCUGGUAUAGAAAACCUGCUUCGGGCUAUAGCAGUGCUUGUCAAACUACGUUUUGCUUUAACUGGGUUUUGAAUUAAGCUUCAAAACGUUAUACCAAUAAUGACUCGAAUUCAUUUCAAUACAUUUGGAGGGGGCUUAUAUCUGGGGAGCUUUUAAUUAGGUCAAGUUUUUUUGUUUACAGGUAGAUGGGCACAUAACCCAGGGGGCAGGGUUAUAAGUGGGGGGGGGGGGGGUUGGGGUUGCGGUUUAGGGUUUAUGUCAGUUUUUGUUUUGGAGGUAAAAUUUCAAAUUUAAUAAUUAGGGGGUUUCGAGUACGUUGUUGCAAAAAAAAAAAAAUAGGGGAAGCCGAUUAAAUAAUAGAAAAUUUUACAAUUGUAAAAGGAUUUAUGUUGAAGGGUGGGUGAGAAGAUGAGCGGUGGGGUAGAGUGGUGUGGGGGUGGGGGGUGGGAUGGGGCUGCAGUUUAAGGUGUAGUUCAGUAUUUGCUUUGGAAGUAAAAUAUCAAACUUAAGAAUCAGGGAGUUUCGCAGACGUUCUUGCAAAAAAAAAAAAAUGAGGAAACCCGCUAAAUAAUAGUAAGAUUUCAUCUCUGUAAAAGGAUAUGAAUAACUCGUUGUUGUUAUCGACUCUGAUGUUCGCUUUUUAGUGAGCUGUGGCAGCAUAGUUGUUUGAUUGUGUAUUUUUGGUUUUAGCGCGGUGAAGAAUUUAACUCUACUCCUGCCAGAAGGUUAUCAGAGGCGUUUGGUAUCGAGGUACACGGCAAUAACGUAGUGACAGCCAAACAGGUAAUGUUAUUGAUACGUGAUAUAACAUGGCGUUUUGUAGAUGAUCGAGAUUCAGAGAGUGAGGCUUUGCUCACACCAUGCCGAAUAGCUUUUGCGCCGACGCGGAACCAUACCACGUGAUAGGGCCGCUUCUGUUCACAUAACAAGGGUAAUUUUAGCGCGAUUUCUGUAACGGAGCAAUGCUGCGCCGCGCCAUUCUUGAAAGUGGAUCAUCACAUAUCGGAUAGUUUUUUUGCAGGGGCGGGGGGGGGGGAAUAGUGAGAACAGCUAUCCAAGAAUUCGGACCGUAGCAGAAGUAAAUUGAGUAGGAGCGAAGGCUGAAACCCACUAAGACGGAGGUAGCUAUUCAGGAGUGGGGACUGGGAUUUAUUUCACCAAACCCUCUCGGCCAACCGCUCGGGUACGAUGCUCGUUGUGAGUGAACGACUUGUCCCAGUUCUGUACUGUUGCCUUUCACACUGUACUAAUCUGUUCCAGGCUCCGAGAAAGUCGGGUCCGCGAAAAUGAAAGAGACCACGUGCUUACAUUUUCGCGUGCUUUACACUUACGCGUCAUCCGUACUAUCUGAGAGCCUGCAACAGGCUAACACUGCACUGGAUACAUAUGCAUUUAGGCAUGAAAAGUUAUCCGUUACAGAAGGUGUAGACAUAACCUGAAAUCUCUUUUGCUUCAUAUGUCCAGAAAUGCACGUGACUCUGACCAUGGGUACUUUAUAUUAGAAACAAUUAUUUGCAAUCGCAUUUCACUUAAUGUUUUACAUGGUGAUGUGAAACAUCACCGAGUGUCUUCAAGCCCUUAUCUUUACCAGUUUUUUUGCAUGUUGCUUGUUUUCGUUUCCGGUGGCAUUUUUUUUCCACGUGUAGUCACACUCGCCGUUGUCCCUUGCGUGGGCCCAGUUCCAUGUUUUCCCGCGCUCGGUUUCAGUUGCGUGUUUUCGUGUGAGCGAAAAUUGAGAAGAGAACAAAUUGCUUUGGGGUGAUAUAAGUAUUAAUUUUGUCCAAAGGGUGACUUUAUUUAAAAUUUUUAAUUCAGCCAUUGCCUGUUGACUGACUAUUAUUUGUAGCUCUAUAAUAACCUGUUCACAGACGUUCUUUUUUAUCGACAAUUUAGUGAACGCGAAACGGAACGAGCGCGAGAGAAAAAAAAGGCGUCUAUUUUCUCCUUUCCCCACCCCCACCUCUUUGCGCUUGCGGUCAAUAAAUCCUUCACGGUUUAUAAUUUCAGACCCGCGCUCUACUAUCUCCAAAGAGAAAAGAGAGGGUCAGUUAACAGGCCACUCUAUGAAGGUCAAUGUUAUUUGCUUUUGUUGACCUCUUUCGACUGAUACCAUCAUCAUACAUCAUUUAUGUUCCAGACCCUCUUGCGAACCCUACACAGAAUAAAAACAACACACGAACCCUGCAAACGCAGUAUGGAUGCGAUGGUAAAUAUGACACUUAUUUACUGGUCUUUGUAAACUGUUAAAAUGAGAAGGAGUGUUUCCGAAUGAGCCUUGCCAUUUCGCACUAUUCCUGUUCUAGAGUUCCACUUUCAUAAAUAUUUGCCGAUUUUGUUUUUCGCUGUUAUCUACAAAUGUAUUUUUAAUUAAGGCAGUGAACAGUUUGUACUGUUUGUUUGAGCGAGAGGAACUGUAUCGUUGUCAUUAAAGUACCCAAUUUACUCUUCAUUUGGUAGGAAUUGUACGUUCGUUUAGAGACAAUAUAAUUAAACUCAUCAUUCCUUAUAGUUUCACACAUGUUCAGUGUUGCUUUAGCAAACUUCAAUGCUAUUCUUGCAAGCUAACAAUCUAUUAUCUCCUUUCAUUGUUUUGUAGUUUAAAUCCCUGGUUUGCGCGGGAAUAAAGUAAGUUAUGUUGUUACUUUUUACGUACCAGUACUUUUCAUUACUAUUGGAUGUAGUCUCCGAAAUAAGCUAUGCAGAACUAUACUAAAGCUUUAGAACAACAGCUUUCUUCUUAAAAUUGCCUUUGUGUGUAUUGAUCGUCCUUUUUUUGUUGUUGUUUCUUGAAGUCAAAAACGCCUGACGUAUUGGUGCCGUCUCGUUACAAAGAGUUCUUCACUCAUCGAAGAGCACUAUCAAUCGUGGUCAUACGUUCUCAAAACAGGUUUGUCUUGUUACUUCUUUUUUGUGUCAUUGAGCCUGCGAGUAAGCUCUUCUUUUGGGAGUCAUCGCAAGCUGACACACGCGACCAGCACGCGAUAGGAGACUAUAGCUCGCGCGUUCUCUCGCCACAUGAAAUGAAGAGCUUUUUCGUAGGCUCUGCGCCAGUAAAGUAUUUAACCAGCAGCAGUCGCACUUUGCACAUAUUUGUUUUCUUUUUGCGUUGCUCACAACCCGAGAACACAAACGUUUACUUAACGUGCGUAGCUGGCGGUUGUUUGUGUUUUGUAAAGGAAGAGAUACAGCGGCGCGAAAGCUGAACCAAAGUCGAAACAAAACGGUGGGGGAGAGGGCGGGGGGAGAAGGCAAAAAACUCAUGCCUUCUCCCCUCGCCUCCUCCCCGUCAUUUUCUGUUUCGAUCUCGGUUCAGCUUUCGCGCGGUUCUAUCUCUUACUUUACGAGACACAACAGUAAAAGCACGCCAAAAAACCGCCAGCUACGCGGGCUAACGUUUACUAAGAGACUGUCAUCAUUUCACAAAUACCCUUUAUAGUUCUUAAUACUGCCUUAAUGCCAGUAAAUACUGCCUUGUCUAUUUUCUUAGGAAUGAGCGAAGCCACAGAACACUUGGAACGAUUAAACGAGUACAACUUUCAUCUACCUGAAGACCUAGCCAUCAGACAUUUAACCAAGAUUAGUGACGCCUUUGGUGAAUCGUAAUUAAAAAAGUGAAAAUAACUUAACUGUUGAGAAUUUAUGUUAGUAACAUAUGAAAGAAUGUUAAGGGAUGAAAUAUGGCAGCUUGCAUUAAAAUGUACGGUUAUUCAAUGUAAGAUUCGAACAGAAAUUGCAAUAACAAUGCAAAUCACCUUGUAAGACUGCUUAUUUAUUUUUUUAAAAUUCAUUUCCAGCAAAAGAAAAAUUAGCUGCAUACAGUAUGUUGUGGUGAAUGCAGAACCAGUAUCGUUUUUUUAAUUUAGUAUAUGGAUUGAGGUGCUAACAUUUAUUUGUUUCGUGCCUGUCGAUCCGUUUUUGGUCAGUCAAAUAACCACCGUUCUAGGUGGAUGUAUUCAUUUGCCAAAAAAUGGUGAAGAUCGUGCUGACAAAGUUUCUUACCACACCGUUUGGACAUGUUUUUUCCUAAGCUUUUAUAGUUGCGCAUUAUACCGAACCAAUCGCAAUUCACCAUAGAUAUUUUGUGGGUGUCCUGCGGCAAACGAAGCCUUUCAAAUGCACGGCGACUACACCUUCAAAACAUAUCUUAAGUUUUAAUUAGUUCUGCAGUGGAUGGCACCCAUCAUAGUCUGCGAAAACAUCCGUUUCUCCUCGCUCUUCGUCGCUGAGGACGUUUCGCGCGAAACGGAUGUUUUCGCAGGCUACACCCAUCAAAGUUGACCAAAAUUGGCUAAGAAAAAUUGUCCAAUAGAUGUCAAAACUUUGUCGAGUGGGAGUCGCACGAUCUGCUCCACAACUAACGUGAAUAAUUAUCUGAAGAGAAAGGUUAAAAACACCUGUUUUUCCAUUGUGAAGCAAUGAGCGGCACAAUGAAACGUUCAUACGAUGUAAGAUUACUUUGUCAGAUGUUAAAUAUUUGACUAAAGACUUCUACACGGCAUAAAUGCACACUCAAUAUGCCUUAAGGAAAUACUGUAAAACGUUUAUUUAACUAUAAUUUAAGUGAUAGCAUAAAGAAUCGAUAUGAUAACUACCCGGGAAAUGUCAAUAAAGAAACUUAAAAAUAACC